AUGAACUCCAAAGCGGCGUCAUUCCAUGGCCGCAUCUGCCAACUGGACAUCUACCCUUCUGCCAAGGCUGCCGUACACUACUGUAACUAUCUUAAGAAACAGUGCCGGCUGGCCGACACUUUCCGAUCUCCCAUGCCACCCUUCGAUUUGGAUAUGGAGCCCAAUGACCCCCCUUCUCCCUCUUUGAUGGAAUCCCUGUUUGCAGAGACUGGAGCAACCCAUACAAAUCAGACCCCCACAACAGACAGAGCAGCCCUCAAACUAUCCACAGACAGUCUCCUCAAGCAGUAUUCGACCCUAAACCCACCAGUACCACCACAUUUCGUUGACCAGAACCACAUCUCUUUGUUAGAGCCCGUUACAUACACCCCCAUACCUUCUGAUCAGCCUGACAGCCUCACCUCAGCCACCCUGAAAGGAACGAGUGCUGUGGACCUUCUCCAUAGGACUACCAUCACUACCGCCACCACCAUCGAGCCAGCCGCAACCGUUACCAGGCAUCCCCAGGGCAUUGCUGAUCCAUCGGAGAACAACACAGAGGAGGAUAGUAGUCCUGGGAGGCCACAGUUCCUGGAGACCACCCCAGGCCUGAUUUCCCCAGACAGACAGAGUCGUGUAAAGGAGGGCCUUAGGAACAGCUCCAGCACCACCUCCGGAGACCCGAGCCCACAACCCCAACCCCCUGACUGGACCACGGACACUCAUCUACGAACCAACGGCACCACUUUGUAUCAAGAUAACCAGGUGGACACGUCGGAGGAGCACAGCCUGGAUGGCAGCUAUGACGACGUGAACACGGGAGGCUACGACUACGGAUAUGAGGAACCAGAUUACUUCUACGACUACGAAGGCAGUCUCCACGGCCCCAAAGGAGAGCCAGGUCCUCCGGGUCCUCCUGGUCCCCCUGGUUUACCUGGUCCUCCAGGAAAGAGAGGUCCUCGGGGUCCCGCCGGUCCACAUGGAAACCCAGGACUGCCUGGUCCAGCUGGUCCUAAGGGGUCCAAGGGAGAUCCGGGGCUGUCCCCAGGCCAGGCUCCAGCAGGAGUGAAGGGUGACAGAGGUCCACCAGGUCUGCCAGGCCCAGAUGGAUUUACAGGUCCACCGGGUUUGAAGGGCUAUCCGGGGCCACCAGGAUUGCAAGGAGAACAAGGCAUUCAAGGACCUCCAGGCGAGAUGGGGGCAGCAGGUUACCCUGGCAGGCAGGGUUUCAUUGGACCUCCGGGUAUUGCUGGCCCACCAGGGCUCGAGGGCGAGAGGGGCAUGGUUGGUGAUGCAGGGGAGAGGGGUCCUCCUGGUCCCGAUGGCAAUGAGGGGUCUGUUGGUGGGACUGGCAUCGGUGGUUUCCCAGGUCUGAGGGAUUCCCUCCAUCUUGCUGCUGUUGAGCUGGAGGAAGUUGUUAUUAAUCCAGGAGCAGAUGUCCUCCAGGCAGGUGUUGAGGGUGGAGAUGAUGCUAGUGGGAUCGGGGUGCGUUCUAAUGUAGACCUGGAUGUCGUCAACAUAGCAGUGGAAGUUGAUGUUGUGUUGUUUGAUGAUGCAUCAAAGUGGGAGGAGACCCGGGGCCUGAAGGACUGCGGGGAUUCCCGGGCAUGUUGGGACCUCAGGGUGAAGUGGGACAACGGGGUGAACCAGGAGAGAUGGGGUACCAAGGGGACAAGGGAGCUGCUGGCUUGCCUGGUCCCGCUGGUCCACGAGGGAAACCAGGUCCACCGGGUAGAAUUGGUGAAUUGGGACCCCAAGGACCAUCUGGGCCCCCGGGACCAGAGCACGUUUAAGCCUGAGGUUGAGGAGACCUUACCUGGCCUUAAGGGGGUCGUAUUUGAACAUGCCAAGUAUCUGAAAAACAUGCAACACGUUGAGAACACGCGGCAUAUAUCAGGUUUCCCAGGCGACAUUGGCGUGCCAGGACCCAAUGGCCCACCCGGACCAAAGGGUCUGCAGGGGGCCAGAGGGCCACAGGGUCCACCAGGGCCAAUAGGAACAGAGGGUCCUGCAGGCCUGAUUGGGAUAGCUGGGGUGAUCGGAGUUCCCGGUGAAAAGGGUGACCGAGGCCCAGCAGGUCCAUUGGGUCCCCCUGGUGAGACAGGUCCAAGGGGCUAUCCAGGUUUGCCAGGAAGUCCUGGUGACAUUGGCAUGCAAGGUGCACCUGGUCAACAGGGGCUGAGGGGUAGUCAAGGGAUCGCGGGGCCAAAGGGCAGAAGAGGGCCCCAGGGACCUGAUGGCCUGUUAGGAGAACCGGGCCCCGAGGGCACUAAGGGUGAAAGGGGUGACAUCGGAAAGAAAGGCGACCCAGGUUUCAUAGCAUCUUCCGUUGAAUAUUUCUCUUCCAGGGACCCAAAGGACCUCCUGGUGAUGCAGGACCUGAUGGAGAGCAAGGACAUGAGGGGAGCGGACCUCGAAGGUGAACCUGGGAAAGAAGGGGAGUCGGGUGCCGUCGGAGAAUCAGGGUUGAAGGGUGAUGAUGGUCCGCAUGGAGAUGAAGGGGAACAGGGGCAGCAGGGAAUGCGAGGUCCUCCUGGUCCCCCUGGUGAAGAUGGUCCCCAAGGGAAAGAUGGACCUAAGGGUGAGCCUGGUGAUCCAGGAGCACUGGGAGAGCCAGGGGACAGAGGGAUAGAGGGAGAUCCUGGGCCCCCAGGACCACCCAGGGAGCCAGGGAAACAAGGCUUUCGUGGGCCGGAAGGAAAACUGGGGCCCCCGGGGACCCGAGGACGGCAAGGCAAGAAGGGCGAGAGGGGCUCUCUGGGUCUUGCUGGUGAAACUGGCACACUGGGUGAUAUCGGUCAACCAGGCGAGACGGGCCUGAAAGGUGCCAGGGGAACCCGAGGCCCGCCAGGUCAGCCGGGUGUCAUGGGGCCAGAGGGCCAGCCAGGAUUGCCGGGAUACCCAGGUCACCUUGGCAAGCCGGGACCCAUCGGACUACCGGGGCCCAAAGGUGAAAAGGGUUUCCCGGGAGAGGACAGUAAGACCCCAGGACCAGCAGGGCCCAGAGGUGAACCAGGUCCAUCGGGCGAGCGAGGAGAGCGAGGAGAGCCCGGUGACGAGGGAUAUCAGGGUUAUGUUGGCAUCACCGGACCUCGUGGGGCUGUCGGACAACAAGGUCCACCUGGAACACCAGGGUUCCCUGGAGAGCCUGGUCCAAAGGGAGAGAAAGGAUCGCCGGGUUUAAUGGGAAAGAAAGGAGCAGCGGGGCUUACUGGGUCAGCUGGCAUGGAAGGGCCAAAUGGUUUACCUGGACCCAGAGGGGUGGAGGGAUACCCCGGACAGGAUGGGGCUCCAGGAUUGCCCGGCUUACCAGGACUACCAGGAAAACGAGGGCGACAGGGCCAGAGGGGCAUGCUGGGACAGGAGGGGGCAGAGGGACGUCCAGGACCCAGGGGAGAAGGCGGUCUCCCUGGACCCCCUGGAGAGAGAGGACCCCCUGGCCAGAAGGGGGAUCCGGGCCUAGCAGGAGACAGAGGAGCCCCGGGAAUCAAAGGCAUGGAGGGGACAGCAGGCGACCAGGGCAAGAAGGGAGACCCAGGGCAGAAAGGACAACCGGGGGAAUCAGGAGAAUUGGGCAUGGCCGGUUUACAGGGGUUUCCAGGGCCAAAGGGACCAAAUGGGGAUUUUGGAGUAAAAGGUGUCGCCGGUCCUAAGGGUCCCAUAGGUGUUCUGGGGUUCACUGGACCUGUAGGCCCUGAAGGAAUGUUGGGCCCAAUGGGAAAACCUGGUCCAAGGGGCCCUAGAGGAAGCGAUGGUGAAAUGGGGCCUCAAGGGCCACAGGGGAAUCCAGGUACCAGAGGACCACCUGGCCCUCCCGGUCCCUCAAGGCAGAUAUAUCCUGAUUCAGCAGUCCACCAACUAUUUGACUCUUCAUUUGACUCCCUUAGGACAGAGAGUUUCCAGAAUACUGAGAUGACUCUACCAGAUCAGAAUUCAGAGAUCCUGAAGACCCUGAGCUACCUAAGCAGCGUGAUUGAAAGCAUCAAGAGGCCGCUGGGCACCCGGGAAAACCCGGCCCGUGUCUGUAAAGAUCUGCUGGACUGUCAUCACAAGCUCGCUGAUGGCCGGUUCUGGAUCGACCCGAACCUCGGCUGUUCAUCAGAUGCCUUUGAAGUCUUCUGUAACUUCACUGCAGGAGGACAGACCUGUUUACAUCCGCUGGCCUCAAAUAAGAUGGUGUUCGAUGUGGGGAAAGUCCAAAUGAAGUUUCUCCAUUUACUCAGCAAUGAGGCCAGCCAUAGCAUCACGGUCCACUGCCUGAAUGAUCCACCCUACGGCACUGCAGAUGGCUUCAGUGCCAGUGGACCCAUCCUCAAAGAUAACAUGCAGAUGAGGUUCCGUGGCUGGAAUGGACAGAUGUUUGAGGAAGACACACUACUUGAACCACACGUGCUGCAAGAUGAGUGCAAGAUCCAAGACGGCAGCUGGCACCAGUCACGUUUUUUCUUCCAUACUCAGGACAGUCGUCAGCUACCUAUCGUAGACAUAAAGGAGCUCCCCACUUCACAGCCCAACAGCCAGCAACACAUCGAAGUCGGACCAGUCUGCUUCCACUGA